AUGCCGCCGAGCCGCCCAGCAGCCGAGCGGCCGAGCCGCCCAGCAGCCGAGCCGCCGAGGCCGCCGUCGAGCCGCCGCUACCGAGCCACUGCCGAGCCGCUGCUAUCGCGGUUGCCGCCCUGUUCCUUCCAGCGCGCCCCGGCCCUGCCCACCCGGACUGGUGAGAGCACCCCCUACUUGACCACUGCUGUCAUGGCUACCCACAGUGUCCUUACCUUUGAUGCUGAGGGUUGUGCUGUUGACUUCGAGGUCUGGGUAGAUGACCAACAGCUUUUUCUGCAGUGCGAUAGGGCAGACAUACUCUCCCUGUUCGAUCUCACCUCUGGUGCCUCUCCUGCCCCGCCUGCUGAUGCUGACAGCACUGUUCGCUCACAGUGGGCCACCCGCGAUGCUGCUGCCCGUAUUCCUAUGGACCACGUCCUCUCUGUUUUCCCCACCACACUCACCAUUGACCUCCUCGAGGAGCGCCUCCUGGCAGCUGAGAAGAGUAAAGUCGCUGUAGGAGCCUCUAGAGGUGACCCGCGUGCCCUCGUCUUUGAGGGGUACUCCCCCUCCCCCCUUUUGCCCUCUGUUGCCUCUGCUGCUGCCGUCGACUUCGUUGGCACCGAGUCGGUCGGCGCUGCGUCUGCCCCUAGUGGGCGAUGCCGCACCGGCAAGGGCAAGGGAGGCAAGGGCGCUGGAGGGGCUGGCGGGGGCGGUGGAGGUGGAGGUGGAGGAGGCCGAGGGAGUGGGGGUGGUGGUGGAAGUGGUGGCGGGGGUGGGGGCUUCGGUGGCGGCGGUGGUGGCGGAGGCGGCGGCGGAGGUGGCGGUGGAAGCGCAGGAGGAGGCGGUGGCGGCGGAGGAGGUGAAGCUAGUCGGGGUGGCUCUGCACAGAGGGGCGGCUUAGGUGGUGGUCAGCGCCAGCAGCAGCGCACUUGUGAGACCCCGUCCCCCCAGCAGCUUCGUGAGUGGUACGCUCGGCGUCAGCGAGAUGCUAUUCUUGCUGCCAUAUAUGCUGUGUCUACUAGUGAUGAGGGUGACUGUUACCUGUGUGUUCCGCCUGACCCGCACAUUGAGGCUGCUGCUCUAGGUGCUGGUGAGGCUGCUGCUCUAGGUGCUAGUGCGUCUACUGCCCCAGGUGCUGGUGAGUCUGCUCUCUCAGGUACCACGUCGGCUCAGGCCUUACACACCAUCACCCUUGACUCAGGUGCUUCCCGCUCCUUCUUUCGAGACCGCACCACGCUUACGCCGCAUAGUCGGCCGGUUGCGGUCUCCCUGGCGGACCCCUCUGGGGGUCCUGUCCUUGCCCACUUCUCCACUGUCUUACCGUGUCCGGCAGCCCCCUCUGGCACCCUGUCUGGUCUCUACCUCCCCUCAUUCUCUACAAACUUGGUAGCUGCGUCGAGUCAGGUGUUUGCUGCAGCGUCCAGGUCUGGUCCUGAGUCUGCUCCCUGCUCGUAUCGUCUCCUGUCCCACCAGACUCUCCUUUGGCACCACCGCCUUGGUCACCCCUCCCUGCCUCGUCUCCGAAGCAUGGCCUCCCGUGUCCUUGUCUCUGGUCUCCCCCCGUCUUUCCCUCCCCUACCUCCGGGGCCUGCCCCUACCUGCGUUCCCUGCGUCGAGGGGCGGCAGCGCGCCGCCCCUCAUGUUGGUGUAAGGGCCUAA